UGUGGGGCAGGAUGGGAUUGCUCACUCGCUUUUCUUCUUUUCCUUCUCCUUAUCGGAUUAUUUUGCAGCAGGACCCACAUAUCUUCCCUCCCUCCCUCACACACACACUGGCUCUCUCUUAGGUUGCUUUUGUUUUUAUUGUAUUACUCUCUUGUGCAACAGGGGGCGGGAGGAACUAAGGGUGGCCUUGAUUUUUCUCUUUAGCAUUUUAAACACACACAGAGUGUUUGGGGGAGAGAGAGAGAGAGAGAGAUCUGGUCCUUGGUCCUGUGAGUUGCUACCUCUACAUGCCUGAGCCAGCAGACAAAGCAAGCACGGAUGAAGUUGGUACGGUUACCCCGGGGCUUGCCGUUUCCUCCUUGGUCAGAGGAAUCACAGAGACUCCCCUGCCCCCUGUCUGCUACUGAGCUGAAAAUCCACCUCUGGGAUUUAACCUGCUGCUCCUGAAUUUCCUCCUCUCCUGUCUGUCUCACUCUGCUUCUUCAUCCCAGCUUCCCCCUUCUUCAACACUCCCUGGACCAGAGCUGGAUUCUGAUGGAAUUGCCAAGAUGUUCAUGUCCAGAAUCCUGGAUUUUCAGAAGACAAGAUAUGCCAGGUUUAUGAAUCAUAGGGUCCCGUCCAACCGGAGAUACCAGCCAACGGAGUAUGAGCACGCAGCGAACUGUGCCACGCACGCCUUCUGGAUCAUCCCCAGCAUCCUGGGCAGCUCCAUCCUCUACAUCCUCUCAGAUGACCAUUGGGAGACCAUCUCAGCCUGGAUAUAUGGGUUUGGCUUGUCUGGCCUCUUCACUGUCUCCACCGUCUUUCACACCAUCUCCUGGAAGAAGAGACAUCUCAGAACAGUGGAGCACUGCCUGCACAUGUUUGACCGGAUGGUGAUCUACUUCUUCAUAGCAGCAUCUUAUGCUCCCUGGUUGAACCUACGGGAGUUGGGUCCCUGGGCCUCCCACAUGCGCUGGAUCAUUUGGAUCAUGGCAUCUAUCGGAACCAUCUAUGUUUUCUUCUUCCAUGAGCGGUACAAGCUGGUGGAGCUGGUGUGCUACGUUAUCAUGGGAUUCUUCCCUGCCUUGGUGAUCCUUUCGAUGCCGAACCAAGAUGGCCUCUUGGAGCUGAUGGCUGGGGGGCUCUUUUACUGCCUGGGCACGGUGUUCUUCAAGAGCGACGGGCGCAUCCCCUUUGCCCAUGCCAUCUGGCACCUCUUUGUGGCAACCGGAGCGGGCAUCCACUACUAUGCCAUCUGGCGGUACCUCUACCGGCCCAAUGCGCUGGAGGCCAAGAUGUCCAGAUAAGAGCCCCAAGGACACGGGACACGCCAAUCGGCACUUGGAGGCAGAUUUCCCAAGGAGCUUGGUUCUGUUUCCUGCCAGAAAGCCAUUGCCAGGGCCCGCUCCCCUGAUGGAGGGAGUCUCUGGUGUCCGUCUCCAGCCAAUCUCAUGCAGACGGAAGAGCCCAAAAGGUUUAUUUUAAACUGAUUUUAAUCUUGUAUAGGGUUCGGUUGUUAGGCAAAUGUUUCAUAACAAAAUGAACAGUGAAUGGGGUUGUUGGCGGAGCGGACUGACCUGACCAGGGCAAUGGUCUUUGUGCUAAGGCUGUGUUCACAUGGUCCUGAACAACCUUGAAACUUGCAAAACCCUCAUCCAAAUGGGAGCCCUGAACCAGCAGGAGCCUAGUCUCUGCUGUUCUGGCUGCUGGGCCCUCUGGUGAUGCAUGAAGGUGGAUAGGCGGAAUGGAUACUUAACGCCAGUGAACAACACCAGGAUAAGAGCAUAAGGUACCGGUUUGUUUCCCACUCUAAAGAGCCCGAUAGUUAAGGAAACAACUUCUUAAACAAGGCUCCUUGAUUCUGCCCAGAAAGGAGAGCAGGCAGGAGAUGCCAGACCUCACAAGAGUCAAUCAUGUCUGUCAUCUGAUGGGGCUCUUUUUUAGGGUUUUUUUUCCUUAAAGGGAUAGCCCCCCGCUCCCUCUGCCCCCACUGUACAACUAACUUCAGGGAAAGCAGGUUCUUGUAGCAGCAGACGAGCAAGGUGAACCUGAGCUUGGUUUAGCCAGGGGCAGUUAAGAUCACGUUUCCCCGGCCCACAGCGUUCUGAAGGCAGAGAGUAGGGUUGGAAAAAAAAGUUCUGGGUUUGGCCAGUCUGUAGCGGCAGGAUAAAAUCUUAGUGUGAUUGGGAUCCCAAGUGUGGAGAUGGGAUGCGAAAGAAAUCAGGGAGGCUACCUCACCCUAGGAUGAGUUACCACUCAUAGGACCAAGUUCAACUCUGGCCCGGGGACCGACUGGCACUGGGGUUGAAUUCCCGUUUUUAAUAGAGCUGCCAGUGUCGCAAUCUGCCAGAGAAGGUGCAGAGCUGGCCCUUCCUAGGCUUCUGAUGGGAGAGUUGUUUCCACUGAUGUUUUAAAUCUCAUCUCUGUAGAGUGAGGAGGAUUUGCACGCUGUAUCCUGUGCACAGAUCUUCAGCUGUAUCCAGAGGAAGCCGCUCCCAUCCUAGGGCUUUCAUCACUCUUGUUUCCAUGCAGAGAUUUCGGUGCGUACGUCUAUGCAGCACAAAGAGAACCCGGCCAGCAAGUCUCAGAGCCUGGGUCUACUGCCUGAGGCUCGCGCUGCAGGACUAAACAUAGCAGUGUAGACAUUCAAGUGUGGGCUGGAGCCUGGGCUCUGAGACCCUCCCACCUCACAGGGUUUCAAAGUCCAGGCCCAGCUCAAACAUCGACAUUGCUAUUUUUAGCCCUACCUCCCCAGCCCCCAUCGGUUGACUCUGUCUCUGAGACUUGCUGCUGUGGGGUGUUUAGCUGUGUAGAUGUAUUCUUAGCGAUUUCACUCCUUCUGUAGCCUUUAGAAAGGCUCUGUAUAUGCAAAGGGAUCUAUUCUUCUCUGCUCUCCUCCUCCUGCUGCUGGGUGAGGUUCCCUCAUCUUGCCACAGACCCUGUAGUUACUAAGGAGGUGUCAAAAUGCGCAUGGUCAGCAUGCCAGAACCAUGGGCUAAGCACCAGCAGUUUCUGUUGACUUCUACUAAGGUUGCAGGUGUGCAGCACUUUGGAAAAUCUGGGUUGUCCAAGGCUUCGGUAGCAGCAAAUAGGGCAGGGGUGAAAGCCAGUACGGGCCGGUAUGGUGUACCAGUAAGUAGCUGGUACCAGCCUGUAUUCAGCCCACGUUAAUGUCGUUGCCCCUUUUGCCCACCCUGGGCCACUGACAGGGUGGGGCAAAAGGGCAGCUGACCCGGGGCCGGCGAUUUAAAAGGGCCAGAGGCUCCUGGCCACCACUGCUGCUACUGCGGCAGUAGCCGGAGCCCCAGGCCUUUUAAAAUCACCGCUGGAGCCCCAGGCGGCAGGGGCCAGGCAGUGCAGAUUGGCUGGCUGGAGGAGGCUGACCCCCCACCCCGCGCCCAGGCCCGCCCCUUCUGCCUAAGGCCCGCUCCUUCUGGGGGCCAGAGCUGACUCCCGUACCGGUAAGAAUUUAUUAUGACUUUCACCCAAAAAAUAGAGUCUGGUGAAGGGGUAACCUGGGGGCAGGGGUCUUGAGGAAUCAGUUCAGUGGAAACCCCAAAUUGCAAGGAUGUCUCUUGGCUGUGGUAGGAUUUGGCCUCCAUGCCCUGGGAUUCAGUUUUUACCCUAGUUCCCAGGCCUUAGUUACAGAAGGGAGAUAGGAGAGAGUUUCACUAACAGAGCCAGGACAGGCCUGGAACCCUGCACUUUCUCCCCAGGAUUUGAGGUUUGUUUUAAGUGUUUAAUCAGAUCACUGAAAAUUCUUGACAUCCCCUGUCCCCAAACACUGCUGAAUGGUAAUGUCUUAGUUUAUGUAACAAAGCAAACAAGCCAUCGCCCUUGCUAGCCUUAGAGUGACCCCCUCCCCCUCCAGCUAUAGAAUGGAGAUGGUUAUUUCAGCAGCGCACCUGCCCUCACCAGCGCUCUGCAAUCCAAAGACCAGCUGAACUGAUAAGCUUCCAGCUGGAGCCAUCUAUUUUAUCUGCAGCUGCAAUACCUCAACUGGCCACAUGUGGAUGAGGGGGCAGCACUGAGUUGGGACCCCAGUGCUUGAAAUGGACACCGCCCAGGUUUGCUGGUGAACCAUAUGAUCUAUAAAAGCACUUUGUGAUUGGAGGACCCUGGGUCAACAAAGCCUUACAUGUGACUGAAACUUGAAUCCAUUCCAGGACUCCCUAGAAUCCCUGAGCACUGGAAAACCUUGCGUCUAAGCCAGUAUUAAGCGGACAACUCUGUACAUUCCUUAUAGAUGGGCAUUCAGAUAUUUCGUACAUGUUGCACUUUGCUUUCCUCCCCAUCUUCAGUCCCAGCUGUGGUUCAAAAGCGAGAUCCCCAUUCAAAGCCUUUGCCACUUGUGUGCCUUUGCCCGGCAGAGGGAAGAGGGUGAAUCUGGAUCAACCCCUCCAUCUGGCUGGAUCACGAUUCACUCAAUAUCGUUUUUUGCAAACUAGAAAUGUAAACCUGAUAGAAUAAUCUAGAAAAUGUGGAUCGGGAUUCAGGGGUUUUGUGUGUCCUCUUUGUGUUGCAUGCAUUCGGUAGGCUACACUGGGGUUAGCUCCGUUCUCUUGAUGAUUGUCAGCAGCCUAGAUUUGUAGCUACUUUUAGGCGAAUCUUUAUUGCUCCAAAACCCAUGUGUGAUGGACUCUUCCAUUUAGCAUGCAGUAGGUGUGUUGAGAGGGGAGAUGGAUCACAAUGAUGCUAUAAUUUUGGGUAGAUAAUUGAACGGGAUUAUACUAAAGAACUUCCAUGUCAGGGUGGGAAACUCUAUUGUAUGACUAGAGCUCCACUCUCUGCAAUAUCUUGGUGCUGGCCCCUUAUAAAACACAUGCAUGGUAGUGGGAAUGGAUGUCAAGAGGCAGUUGUCAGCUAGGAAUGAGGGGCCUAUUGGGGCUAAGGAUCUUCCUCAGGGUGAAUGUUGAUCAGGGCUGCCCGGGGGGGGGUAAGUGGGGCAAUUUGCCCUAGGCUCCGUGCCCUGGAGGGGCCCCCACGAGAAUAUAGUAUUGUAUAGUAUUGCAACUCUUUUUUUAUGGAAGGGGCCCCCAAAAUUGCUUUGCCCCAGGCCCACUGAAUCCUCUGGGCGGCCCUGAUGUUGAUACUCUGCAGAUGAUCGGAUGCCUUUGUAUCUGCGCUGGAUUCAGAUAAGCUUGCCAGAUACUUUACCCAGUUCUUUGGACCACCGUGAAUGCGCAGAAUGUCCGUUCUGUUUCCUGGCUCUCUGGUCAGUGUCUGCAGAUUGCUGCUGCUUGUUCAGGGUCCCAGGAGGAUUCUGACCCCAGGUCAUUAACCUGACUUCCAGCAGGUACAAGAGAAUGAUCAUCAGUGGGAGAUAUCAGAACUCUUACGGUUCAGUCACUGUUAUUCUCAGCAACGGUGCAGUGCGUUUUUGAAUGAACUGCCAUCAACUUGACUUGAGUUUUUUAAUACAGGAUCAUUAGGAACUGAAAGCUGUUUUAUUCCUGUAUUCUGGUUUCCUGAACUGUUAUGAGUGAGAGAGAGUAUGGCCUUGAUUUACACAUGCAAUAUAAGGUAAUUGCACAUAUAAAUAUCUGACUGCAAUUGCAUCCUCAUUAUGGGACAGGUGAGUGGGUGGGCCUGUUUUAUCAAAUGGACAUGAUCUCCGUUUCCUUGAUCUGUUGCUGGGAAGCUCUGGAGUGGAAAUAAUCCUUUGAUCUAGAAAGGAAGGGUCAGGGUGAAAGUCAUGCACUGAUUUUUAAUUAUUAAUAUUGAGGUGGCAUUGAGUUGGUGCUGCCAGCAGAUCUCAGACCAUCACUCCACAGCUUCCUACCUGCUGAGCUCACAGCUGAAUUUCCAAAACCUUCAGGCCAGGCUCCACAUGAGAGUUGGAACCUGGGGCAGAGAUUUCCAUCUCUGGUCAUUAACUCCUUGGGCAACUCUUUGUUGGUCCCUUCAGAAGGGAGACAGUGGCCCAAAUUAAUCGCUAAUGCAUCUCCAUUGACUUGAGAUACAUACACCAGGGAUGGGCUUGGCCCAGUAACGCUAUAACAGAGUUGAACAUCAGAGGCCUCUGAUGUGAAGUGCACAGCCUCAGCCUCUGGUUUUAACCCUGCAGAGAUAGCGCUCUGGAUCUGUGGGUAAGUCUAAAGUGCUGCUGGGAGAGGCACCCCCUCUGUGCUAGCUCUGCUGGUGCUAAAAAUAGCAGGGUGGAAGUCGCAGCACACUCAGUGGCUUGGGCUAGCCACCUGACUCUAAGCCUGCCUGCCCCCUGAGCUCCAAGCAUAUUUUUAGCAUGCUAGCUAGAACAGGGCUAGUGCAAUUCUGUCUUCCCCGGAUGGGAAGCUCGCCCCUAGCUGCAGUGUAGACAUACCCUGUGGGUCUGGAGCUUGCAGAUCAGUGGCACUGAUAACAGCUAAAACUUUCCUUCUCUAACCUAAAGGAGCAGCAGAUCGCCUUCCUCAAUUCGCUUGUGCUGCCAGCAGCUCAGAGUCCAACCCAGACCCCCAUGAGCCGUCUCUGUCAGGCUUUUGCUGGAGACAGGCCUCCAGUCGGGUCUGCUUGACCCAAGUGUCUCUGCAUCCAAGCUGACCCUACUGCCCAUGCCAGGGUAUUUUUCUCCAUAGGAGAUAAAUUUAAUACAUUCAGGACCGAGGCACUGUUGUCUUGUAGUUACCAAAGGGACUAGGAUUCAGGACUUCUGGGUUCUACACACAUCGCUGUCAUUGACGGACAGUAUGACCUUGGGCAAGUCACUUAAUCUCUUUGUGCCUCAGUUUGUCCAACUGUAAAUGUCCAUCAGAAAAAUCAAACAUGACCCCUCUUCCAAAGGACGACGCAAUCCUUAUUGUCGCUGUGGGCCAAGCUGGCAUGGAGAACUUGUAUGCACACCAGGUAGAGGGUGCAAAACUGUCUUAAGCGCCCAGUCACCCUAUUUGCAAGUGCCAGUUUGCAUGUGCACAAGAAGGGGACCAACGAGUGGGCUUUUAUAUUAACACAAUCACUGUUUCCCCAUAAGGGAUAUUGCCUGAAAGAAUUCCUCCCUUUUUAGCCCUACCCUAAAAUUCAUAGGCAGACCUGGAAAGCCUCCGAACUGACUGAUUUCCCUGCUAAUCCCCCAGGGUUAAUUGGAACUGCAGCAUCAUUUGUUUGACAAGAUUUGGGAUGUUUUGUAGGAGUGCAGCCACUGGUCCCCAUCCCACGUACUUUCAAGGGCCUGACUCUGUGGGUGCUGAGUGCCCUCAACUCUCACUGACCUGGAUGGGAGCUGAGGACACUUGCAGGAUUGGGCCCUCAUGGACAAGCCCUGCUGUGUAUUGUCAUUCCCCAAAGAGAGGAUUAGAAAGUGCCUGGUUAAAUUUGCCCCCUCUUGAAGUGCUGGCUAGAGUCUCACUUGUAAGUUUCUGGUUCAAGAGGUUUAUGCUUAUAAGGAAAAUGUACAAAUGCCAUUGCUGGAUAAACAUGUCCCGACCAGGAGCUACCCUGAAUGUAUUCACACAUCCAUUGGCUAAGGCACCAGUGCUCUCGUUCCCAUGUUGCUUGUGUGAGUGCCUACAUAUCUGUGUGUGGGGCUUUCCUCUCUCAUUUGUACAACCUCUUAGCUAAGCUGUCUGGAGUCUGCAGGUGCAGAAGCUCUAUCCUGUUGCAUGUCCAGAGGGGAGAAGCCCUGUGUUCCUAGCAAGGCCUAUGUGGCUGCCGAAGUCCCUCUCCUCUUCUGGGUAGGGGAGUCACAGGGCAAUCGGGCUGGGUGGAGUUGGAGUCAGGCAGAUGCAGGGCAGGCAGUGAGCAGAGGUGGGUCCAGCGGGUCUGGAACAAUUUGUAUCGUGGGGGUGCUGAGAGCACUUGAACCAAACUGUAAACCCUAUAUAAGGUGGAAACCACUUCAAGUCAGGGGGUGUGGCAGCAGCAUCACUAAUUCCAGCACCUAUGGGUGGGUCUGCCGCAGCCCAGCAGGGGAGAGCUGAGAUUCUCCCACACUGAGGUUGGACUGGGGAUGCAAGGGGCAGGAGAUGUUAUUAGGAGAGAGAAUCGGGUAACACUUAAAGUAUCUUAGUAGCCACAGACGGAUUCCAACAACCCAAGAAACCUGAGCGAAUCCAACUGCCUUACCCACGGGGGGAAAGCCAUCGCUCCAAGGAAGCCAUGAGCCAAAGUUGGCUCCCAGUCGCAUUGUUUUCAUUCCGUUGAAAUCAACAGGGCUGAACUGGUGUAAAGAGAGCGGAAUUUGCCCCCUUACCGUCAAGGAGCUGUUCCACUGCCAAACUCCCAAGUGUUUAGGAACUGAAGGAAACCUCAGGCAGAAACAUUGGUUCCGCCGUGCAUCGCCCCCAGGGAGCUGGAGAGGCAGCUGGGUGGGGCUGUUAGUCACGGGACCAUCUCACUGGAGAAAUGGGAUGUUUCCAGUGAUGUAGCUCCAGUUACUAUCCCGUCUGCCUAAACUCUCCUUAGCAGCUCACUGUGGCAAUGCUCCAUGUACAAGUGGGACCCCCCGCCCUUUCCAAAAGUGAGAUCUAAAUGUCCAAUAGCCUCAGUAGAAGAGAGGGGCCCAAUCCAGAGCCCCAGACCCAGACUUUGGGGGCUGAACUGCCCUGGGUUGAGCCCAUCUCGGCUCAGAAGGGUGUUUGAAAUAAGAAUCUGUAUGACUGUUUCCUCCCUGCACCUUUCUGUGCCCCUUCCCCUGCUUCCGUGGUUCUUACCCUGUGGCUGCUCUUAAUCCUUACCAGCUAUUAAGCAAAAUAAACCUGUGUAAAAUGAACAGGUGGCUGUUUGGGACCAUUUCCUGGUUAUGAUAGAAGGAGGUGUGGCCUGAACACAGAACUGGGAGGCAGGACUUCCUGGGUUCUAUCCCCACCUCUGCCACUGUCUUGCUGGUUGACCUUGGGCAAAGCACUUAAACAUUCUGUGCCUCAAUUUCCCUAUCUGUCAAAUGGGGAUAAUGAUACUGACCUACCUCAUGGGGCUGAUGAACUUAUGUUUGUAAAGCACUUUGAGAUUGUUCAGUGCUGCAUAAGUGCUAUGUACUUGAUUCUGAAGGAGACCCACUUCGCCUGGAACCAGAUGGCUUAACAGAUCUGGAUUUUAGUCUCACAUCAGAAUGAGAGCAGCUCCAGCCUACAGCUACUUUCCUCCUUCACUUUCAUUGACUCUGUGUCACAGGGACAGAGUUCCAUAGGACAGAUGUGUGUGGUAGAGAACCUCAAACCUGAUUUCCUCUGCUGGGCAAAUACCACAUAGUAACGAAGGCCACAAAGUGACCAAUGAGCCACCAAAACUUGCAACUGCCAUAGAAAAAGCAGUAACUAAACAAAGGAAAAGAUGACCACAGCUGGGGGCAGCAACUGAGAAAUGGUUCUGCUCCUUUAGUACCUGCUGUCUUUAUUUUUGCACUUCUGGUCUUAAUGGUCACACUGCCUAUAACAAGUGUGUUCAGAAAUCCAAGGUCCAAACAGGUACGGCAGCACUUCCUCCUGCUCAGCUCCCAACCUCUUAGGCAAAACAUUCCAUUUUAUCUCCUUGUCCUGGUGGGGCUUCAUCCCUAUAGGAGGUGGGUGGGCUGGGAGAUCUACUCAUCUGGCUUUGCUCGCUUCUCACAGCUGUCUCACAGAUGCCCUCAUUUCCAGAACCAUAUCUCCCUCCGUCCCACACAGGCCUAGUCUCCUCGCACUUUGGUUAUUGUAAGUUAAUGACACCAGGAAUGCUGAAUCAUGGGGACCAAAGGCACAGAAAACUAGGAUAUAGAAACUGAUCUCAUGCUGUUUACAGAUUCCUGUGCUAUCAUAUUUCAUUUCUUCCACGUUAUAUCCCAGAUCUUGCGCCACAGCACAUUAAGAGGUUUGGUUGCAAUACACCAGACCAGACGCCGUCUCUGCCACCCCUUUACGUUUUGGAGAGGACUUCCCCACAAAGCAAACCCUUGUGGGUUAGAAUGGCUUAGAGACAACAAACUAUUUGAUUUGGAGGGAGUCUUUCUAGACCCCCCUUAUGCCUAUCUACUGCUUAAAGCCAAAUCCAGAGGGAGAUUUUCAAAGGCAGAAAUGAGAGUUGUUUGCCCAGUUCCCAUGGCCUGUCAAAAUGAAGGUGAAAGUCUAACUCCCAUUGUGCUCUGAAUAUCCCCUCCGGCUUCAGAUCUCAUUCACACAGUGCAGGAUUUGCCAAGCAGGAGGCUCCAUUACUGUCAAGUUCCAGAUCUUCUUGUGCUUUAUAAAUCCUUUCUAUUGUAUAACCAGGGAUUAUCUGAUUGUCCUAACUUUUGAUACUAACUUUUAAUGACUUGUAACAUUUAGGAUGUCUGUGAAUGAGAUUUGUAGAGUGAUUUUUUUUUAGUGUCUUGUAUUUUCUGCCAUCCACUCUUAUGAAUCAGUAUUUUAUAUUUAACACAAUAUUUAAUAAAAAUAUAAUGAUAAUGCUAGAGGACAUCAUUUCUUGUGGAGUAGGAUUUAAAUAAAGACUCAAGAUACCUCAUUUGUGCC